AUGGUUGAUACUGUCUUGUCUCCUACAAUAUAUGGAGAGGAACAUUAUCUCAAUCUUCAACAUGGACAAGUAGGACUCCUUAAUAGAGCAGAUGCCCACUCCUCCUUCCUCUUCAACUCAAGAUUUUCAGUUUCUCCAUUGUGCUUUACCGCUCUUUCCCUCUCCGACCUCGCAUUCAGGUCUGUUGACAGUUUGACACAGUGGUACAUUAAUCAGAUGAAGUGGGUAAACGAUUUGCGUCGCUUUGCAAAGUAUAAUAGAAUCACAGAAAAGAUUUUCGAAUUGGGUUCAUCUGGGCAUAAUGUUGGAGAUUUGAAUUUCUUGCGACCUGGCAUUUUAAGUCUUCAAGAAAGGUCGAUCUGGGGGAAAAAUAGUUUUGAGGGAUUUGCGCUACCUUUUUCUUCUAAAGAGAGCCAUCUCAAUUCAAAACCUAGUGCUUUUGCAAUAUUCCGUCAGUUUGGGCGGACUGUAAGAAGUGAUUCUUCCUCCCUAAGUAGAGACGUUCUAGCACAACUUUGGUUUGAAGACAAGAAGAUGAAGAGACACAGACGCAAAAGAAAGAUGAUUCAACGUGACCGUACUAGAGAUGCCAUAUAUGAUAAUCUGUCGUCUUUUCAAAUGCCUGGAAGGUGGUUUUCAGGUGCACCUAUUCCAGAAGAGAGAUAUAGUGAACCGGGGCAACGAGUUCUUAAGCAGCCACCUCUCAGCCAAUCUACUACAGGUUAUUUGGAACCAGCAUCCCCAGAAGAGGAGAAGGUUGCACCUCUUCUUGCCAGGUCCAAUUUGCUCAUAACUAGAGAUAUAGAGUGGGCAAAUCUUAUGCUUGGUUUCGAGCAGGAGAAUAGGUAUGCAAUAGUAGAUGCUUGCUACCCUCAGUCGCCAGUGGGUUUGAUCCGUGAGCAAAGUAAUCUUAUUGCUAGACAGCUGCUUCGCACGAGGCGCCCCUUCGUUGCUUACAUAAGUGAUGCCAUGGGUAACGAGCUCUUUAGGGUUCGCAGGCCAUUUUGGUGGAUAACGAGCACCAUAUAUGUGGAGAUAGAUGGUAAGGAAAUUGGUGUGGUUCAUAGGAGAUGGCAUCUGUGGAAGAGGGUGUAUGAUUUGUAUUUGGGGAAUAAGCAGUUUGCAGAGGUUGUGAAUCCUGGAUUUUGGAACUGGACGUUUACUUUAAAGGAUAUUGAUGGUAAUGUACUGGCUCAGAUUGAUCGUGACUGGAGGGGUUUUGGCUUUGAGCUCUUUACUGAUGCUGGUCAGUACGUGAUUCGAUUUGGCAAUGCUGAUCCAAGCUUCCAGACUGAGCCUGUUAGAAUGGUUCAAGAAUUAGAAAUCUCUCGCCCACUUACUCUAUCAGAGAGAGCUGUCGCCGUUGCUCUUGCUGUGUCACUUGACAAUGACUAUUUCUCUAGGCAUGGUGGCUGGGGAAUCCCUUUCUUUGUUGUUGGUGAAUAGGAUUGCAGAUAGGAAUCUUUCUCAAUGCAUCUCCUUCUUUUG